AUGGUCACUGGCAUUAGGUGAAACUUUGGGAUUUACAAACGUCCAAUUCAUGUGUUUUUUCUCGUUUUUGCUUUUUACUCGUAUAAAAUUAACUUGUGUCUAGCGGGAUGACAGCCACUGGGGACCAUGAGCUGGCCAACAACAACCACGUGAAGCUUUCCGAGCUGCAACUGAUCCAGUCCGAGUUUGGAGCUCCGCUUGAUCAAUGCUAUAAAAUUGCGGUUCAGUUUUAUAAAGGUGGGCAAAUUUCUAUUGAAACUUGUAAUUGAACCAUUUUCAGAGAGCGAAAAAGCUGGAGAGUUGAACAUUUCGUACGAAGAUCGCGUUAAGCUUAUGGCGCUUUCCAAGCAGGUAUUCACUAAUUUUUCAUGAAUUUUCAGGAUCCCAUGUUUUCAUUGGUUAUUCAUCCAUUUAUAAGAUUUGACAUAUGAUAAAAGUGAUUCAAGAUCCGAAAAGGCCCGAGCGGCGAGACCGUGGAAGCGGCUGGAUGGUUCGACCUUGUUGGAAACGAUGUGACGUAUGUUUGAUCUUAUUUUUGUUUUUAAAAAAGGAUUAUAAUGGUUCUCGUGUUUAAAAAUAUUUUUUUGUUGUGUCUCUCUUGAAAAAGAAAAACAAACUAUUCAUUUUCACAUAGGAAUUUGGAGAGCAUAUUCUAAUGUUUUUGAAUGCUUGCUAGUUUUAAUCGUCUGAUACUUUCCUAUUCAAACACUUCAUCUCAGAUAAAAAUUUUUUUCUCCAUUGAUUGGAAAUUAACUUUUUACCAAGAGUUUCUGUUUAAAGCAGUUAGAAACGAAAAAAAUAACCUUUUUUUAUUUAUCGACUUUCCACUAAAUUUACUUUUUGAUAAAUAAUCAUUGACGAUUGGGAUCAUAUUAUAUUGAAAGGUUUGUUUCGGGGAUCAAGAAAUUAUUAUAAUUAAAAUACGGUCGAGAAAAAAAGGUUUUUACUCUUCAAAUACGGAAUUUCGAGUUUUAACGGCUUGAAAGUAUAGUUUUAAAGUAUUGAGAAGACAAAUGUCUUGAUUUCUUUAUUUUUCAAUAGGCGAGAAUGAAUUUAAGAUCAUUAUGUGUUUUGAAUGGGUAUCUCAUUGUUUUUUUUUCAUUCCAACCGAAGCUUUCGAAUUUGUCGUUAGCUUCAAAUGUUUCAUUUAUUGAUUCCCAAAAAUGUGUAGAGUGUGGAAUGACUUUGUUUGCACCGACAAAGAACUUAGGGAAAUCCCGCGAAACACGCCGUAUUAUAAGUUUUCAACAUUGCCUCGGGGGCUUUGGCGAGCCGUCAUAUUUUGCGGCAAUGGAAAUCGUCUUGGUUAAUCUUCCGAACAUGGCCGGAUUACAUGCGGCGCCGUUCUUUUCUCUUCUGAGUUCCUGCAUCAGAAGCUCUCCGAGAACCUCUGUUUAUGUUUUAUUUACAAGCAAAUGUCGUACGUUAUUUGCAAUCGCUUUGUGAAAUAAUGGAUUGCCGAAACGAGCGGCUAUUACUCUGUUUCCUUUUUUUUUGCUUUCUCAUUUAGAAAAUUUGAUGAAGUUUUUUUUACGAAGGCUCGCUAGAUAAUGACUUUAUUUUCUACUUUCCGUAUAUCAAACCUUUGAUGUAUUGAAAAUAGCACUGAAUCUUCUUUUUAUCAGUUUACUGCAUUCAAACAGCUCCGAAAGGAUGCUCAUAGAUAGUACAUUUUAUUCAUAAAUUUUAAUCAAAAAAACACUAUAGUAUGGGAUUGCUUACAACUUUUUCCCUUUUUUUAAAAAAAUAUUCAAGCAAGUUUCCCUUCAAAUUUUGAACAGUUUUUUUAAAUUUAUAAUCUCAAGGCUACGUGAUACGAAAAAAAUGAGAGCAGAACUAAUAAACUUGAAAAAAAAAAUUAGAGCCAGUCGAUAAAUAAGAAGCUACAGAAAUUAGAAAUUCGCAACGACUUGUCUAUGAGGAGAUUUAUAUUUAUCAUUUUUGCAACUGUCCUCAUAAUUCCUAUGAUGUCGUGGUUUCUGGUUUUAUCCAAUUUUUCGUGUCCGAGCUUGAGAAAAGCUUCAAAGUAGAUUUUAUAUAGUUUGUAUGAUUCAGAUAUCACAAAGUGUAUUAAAAAGUGCUACAGAUCAUAUUAUAAUCUCGUUGACCAUGAAUCAAUAUUUGGUAGAAAAACAUCUUUUUUUUUCAAAUAUGUCAUCUACUUAUUAUCAAAAAAAUUAAUUAAAGUUUUUCUAGUGGCCUUGUUCUACCUAACUUUCAGUCAAAUUCCAAUUUUAGCUUCGCUUUGCUCAGACCUAUGCAUAACUAACACUAAUUACUUUUUAAACUUCAAACUAACAAUUCGAGACCACAUCAAGAUCUGAACGCUCCCAUUUUACGAGCUUUUCCCGCUAUUCAGCCUGUUCAUCCAAUGUCAUAAAUUGUGACGCGAACGACUUGUCUUGGUCUGUCGCCCGAGCUCCCAGCCACUUUUUCGGCUUUUCUUGGUUCUUUUUCCUUAUAUCCCGUUGGUAGUUUUUUGAAAAAUUCAUUCGAUUUGAUUUUUGAGGGCUAGAAUUCGUGAUAUAUUGGGCCAAAAUGUAAAUAAUGAAAUUUGAGACUGCUAUGUAUUUUUUUUUUUUGAAACAUGAAACUGGAAAUUAUUUUUUUGGCUUUUCCUUACCAUUUUAACUGAACGAGGAUCACAUUCUUUUGAUGUUAUCCUCGAAAAAAAUGACUCCCUUUUGAAAUUUGACAUUUUUUUGUUCAAAAAAAUUAGGCUUUAAAAAAAUAUUUAAUUUAACUUUUUGAAUCCUCGGUCAAUCAUUUUUUUCAAGAUUUUUAUCUAACAUAAAUUCUUUUUUUCUUUAAUUUUUUUACAUGACAAGGAAACAUUUUUUUAAGAAUCUAAUCACCUCAUAAAUUGGAAGGAGGAGCGUUGAAAUCAGUGGAUUUCUUUGCGCGGAACCAGGCGCAAAUGGAAAGAACUCUUCUGGAGGUUCCCCAGGGGUUCGAUCCUGCAACCCUUGCCGUAUCUUGUCAUUCAACUGGCACGCUGUUUUUGUUCCGAUUGCCUGGCUUAUUUCCAUUUUCAAAGAAUCUUUGAUUAUUCUUUCAGUGCUCGUUUUGGAUAAAAUUCAAAAUUUUGAGCUUUUGAGGUAGGUAAAAUACACAUUAUGAAUUGAUCGGCACGUUUUUCUAGAACCUUUAACGCCAAAUGAGUCCAUUCUACAGCCUUCAUCUUCUAUGAAAGUUUCGAGAAAAAUAAAAAAAAUUUAGAGCUUCUUCCUUGAAACCUUUAAUUAGUCAUCUUCUACUGCAGUUGAUCUAACAGUCCCGUUUAUUUUUGUUUUUAAGACGAGACCGCAAUUUUCGGAUAUUUGUUUUUCGAGAAAGCUAUGAAUUUUAAAUUUCCCAGAAAGAAUGACAGUCAUGUCCAUCAAUUAAUUUUUUGCUUUUUCCUCUCCCAUUAAGAUAUAUUUGAAGAAUCAGAUUGGUUCAGCACUUCCAGGAAGAAAGAGACCUUUUUUUUUAGUUGAGAAAGGACAUGUCCUUGAUUUACUCUCCUUGGAGAUUUUGAAGUAGGACUAAUUGCGACAGCGAGUGUUUCAAUUCAGUUUAUUAGUCUGAUUAGGUUCUUUCCUUCUAUGUGAAGCGGAUAGCCGAGUUUCAAAUGGAAGGAGUUACUCAAUGAAUGUUUUGCUCAAAGUUAUAUUUGGUUACAACGGCGACACCCGCUGAGAGCCUUUGCAAAUUCACCGGCAGUUCUUACCCACUUCUGGGGCCGCUCGCUCACUCUCGGCGACGCUAAUCUGAUUUGAAAGCUGAGUUUUCUGGGCGACGUCGUAGUUUUGGGCAGAUGCGAUUUUAGCUCUUCCGUUUUUCUCGCCUUUUUUCUUAGUUGUUUCUGUUUCUUCGAAUUUUAAUUUCUUUUUUUCAAGGCAGAUCUGGUGCCUCAUUCAUGAGCUUUGCGGCCUUUUCUUCUUUAAAAUUUCUAUUCACAGAUGGUUUUAGCAAUUAUGAAGUAUCCUCAAUGUUUCAACGAUUCUGUGAUUUUGAAAAAGUGGUCUUCUUCGUUAUUGAGAUCGAACUUUAUUUUUAAAAAGCUUUUGAUGAACGAUUCCCUUAAUCUAAAUUCCAUAGUCCAUCGCUCAACUUCCGGAAGAAAAAACAUUUCAUCUGACUAUUUAAGAAGUUUAUUAGUAUUAUUUGAACCAAACUACGGACAAAUCUCUACAAAGUCAGAUCCGACAAACGAAAAUUGAAAAGAAAUAAGCUAUUUUAAAAAUCUGGAUUUAUGAAAAUUUCUAAGAAGGUUUGCAAAAAUAAAGUUUUUAGGUAGGAAACAUUCUUUCAAUCCCAAAUGUUUGCUCUUUGGUAUUUUUGAACGACAACAGAAGCCUUAUAUAUCUUUGGUCGAAUUUCCCUCCAAAAAAAGUUAGUAGAACAUGUUUAGAUUGAGAUCAUUCUGUCUAGAAUACCGAAUGAGCGUAAAAUUGUACUGAAGAGAGGUUGUCAGUCUUUGCAGGAAUUAAAUAAUGUCUUGAAGAAGAGCAACUUACUCGAAAGUGCAACGCGAAGCCCUUGCAAAGCCGUAGGUUUGCUCGACGAGCAGUAAAAGCACGUUUGCGUUGAUUUGAUUUCCGGGAAAAGUCGCCUGACACAAUGUUACCGUUGACUGCGACGACUCGAAUUUGGUUUUCCUCCGUUUUCUCCUCUUCUAGUUGUCUUCUUCCAUUGUUCUUGUCUUUUUUCUUUCUCGAGGUCACAUCGUAGUUUAACGUUUCUAAUCCGUUCGUUCUUUGGCUUCCAUACACGCAAUCAUUGGCUUCCAUGUAUUAAUAAUGCCUUUUCGAUUCGUUUUUUUCCAGAAAAGCUCAAACACUCGGCUGUUUUGCUAUGGGGCUCUCGACAGUGAUUAAUUGGACCUCGAAAAAUUCAUUCGUUUCUCGAGAUUCUUUUUUUUUAUCUUUUUGUCGCGACCUUAGUGCAUGUCUUGCGUUUUUCGCCGAAUAUAUGCGUGUCAUGGAAAUUAGCUUCAGUUUAAACGCUGCGCUAAUUUAAGAUGGACUUUCGGUUUCAAUGAUGAACAUGCAACCAUAAUAAGCAGGGUAAUCAUUUAUUAUGCACAGCAAAGACUGAAAAUUUGCGUGCGCUCAAAGUUUCAUUUUCCAUGCGUAUGGUGUUUGGAAACGUUCAAUGUGAAGUUCAGUUUUCAGUUUAUUUAAAAUCCAAUAAUUUUCCUCCCAAUUAGUUAAUAUUUUCGAUCAUUUCUUCAAACUUUGGUUUGAAAAGUAAGUACAACCGCAGAUGGACUUAUGAUCCCUGAAAUUUAGAACACUCUGAGCAUCAUUAAAAUUUAUCAUCGCUUCGGUUUCCGAACAUUUUUCACUUCUAAUAAUUCAUGACGUUCCUCCAGUUGGAAAAUUUUCAUUUCCAACAUCCUUCUUGGGCACGUCUUCAUUUUUUUUUCUACUUCUCGUAACUUUGAGGAAGUGAGAUGCACAAUUUGCGCCCAUUCAUCUAAAACUUUUUAACAGCCGCCAGUUUUUUCCCGGUUCGUCACUACUUUUUGCACGUCUCUUGUUAGUCACUAUUACAAAAUCAUUUGUUCUAAUCCUACUAGCAGGACGAGUAAUAGGAAAUGGCUCUUGGGGAAUACCCUUUGAUGGAUUAGCGAAUAUCCGGUCGACGCGGGUUCGGUUCUCCUCAGCUCAUUAGCUUUUCCUUGUGUUCUGCCUUCACCUUUUAUUCUUUUGUUGUCUUUUCACGUUUCCUUUGGAUCGGUGCAACGGGUUUCGUUGUUUUUUUUUUUCAUUUUUUGGUAGUGUGCAAAGCAGAUUUGUUUCCUCACGAGACAAUUGCGAGCUGUAAUGAAGUGGUAGUUUAUUUCAUUGUCUUUUUUUUCAGUCUUUUUGAGCCGUCGAAAACAAAUUUUUCCAUUCAAUUAUUUUUUUUUUCUUCAUUAUCUUGGUGACUUUCUUUGCUCAAUCGCAUGUCAAAAGGUUGUUAUUUCCAAUUUCUUCUACGGUAAGGAAAACGAAAAAUAAUAAAAUGACUCCUUGAAACGUUUUCUGUUUCCAAACAAGCCUCUUAAAAAAUACCAUGUGUUUUUUGAAUUUCGAAGAGAAUGAGUAGUUCUUAUCUUUCCGAAACUUAAUUCCAAUCCAAGCCCUUUGAUCCUCUCUGCGAUUUUAUCCGCGGGACUUCUUACUCACUUUACUUGUUAGUCAAGAAAACAAGGAUGGAAAUUCCUUGGAAUCAUCUCGCGGGUGGCUUCUUUGCCGGAGUGUAUGUGUGUGUGUUACCAAAUUCACUUUGCAGCGUCCCCGUCUUCAUCUUCCUUUUUCUUCUUCUUUACUUAAGCUUUUCCACACACCCGAAAUCUUCUCGUACCAUUUCGAUCGAGAGCGAUCACACUUCUCCUUCAAAAUUCGAUUCAAUUUGCAGAAACAGUCCAGAAUCUUAAUCUUAUGAUCCUCAAAUGUGAUACUGAAAAUUGAAUUAUUGUUUUAAUGUUGGUUAAACAGGCUAAACAGUGGAUAACGUUCAGUUGUCAUUAGUCAGCUCAUUCCAUUUUUCAUUCCUAUGAAUAAAAACUUCAUGGCUGACUCAGAAAGAACUGACAUCAAAUUUUAAUAACAAAGAUUUGUAACCAAAUUUGAUCACCGUUUUGGUAUUGGAUUUUUUUUUUCAGAAGUUAUGUCUAAGUCUGAAUGUUUCAACACACGCUGUUCUUUGUCUAUGCUACUCAACCCUACUGUAGAAUUAUGAAAAAAAUAAUUUUUUUUUGUUCCGUCUACACCUUUUAACGUGAAUAGAAAAUGUUUACAAAUCAACAUAAAACUUAAAAAGAAAGUUGGAUUCUUGAAAAAAAAAAAAUUGAUUUUUGAGCUUUAAAUAAGUUGCUUUCAAGGAAAUGAGGGUUUUUUGUGGAGAUCAUUCAUUUGCAGUCUUUUUUGAUAAUAAACCGUUUUAUCUACGUUAUUAAGAGGUUAUCUGAGUUUUAAUAACAUUCUUAGGUUGUUGAAUUGGAACAAAAAGUGUGCAAUCUUCCUUCAAAAAAAGAAAAGGAAAAAGAGGUUUUUUUUUGGGUCAUCCGUUCCUUUCGAGCAUCGAUAUUCUGUAGACAAUUGUCCUCGACUUCCGUCUUCAAGAGUUCCUCCAAGGCUUCUGUUUUCAUAUUUUGUUCUUUCAGUCGCGUCUGGCGCGAAUUGGGUGGGUUGCCGAAGGAAGACGCGAUGGCUUCUUUCGUUUUCCUCGUCGACCGCGUCUGUCCGCCCUUCAAGAACUUCAUCUCCGAACGGAUCGAGCCAUCGUAUGUUUAUUCUUUAUUCUGUUUCUCCAAAUUUUGAAUAUAGGAAAAUUAGGGUCGGUAUGAGUUGGUUUCGCCAAAAAGGUUUUUGUUUCUUUUUCACAGUUCUGUGAAAAUAUGAUCUUCAUGUUUCCAAGGUAAUUGAAUCCAAAGAACUACUGAAGAAAUUCAAAACACACAUUAUUUGAUGUUUCUAAAUCUUAAAAAAAUGAAAAAGAACUCAAAAAAAGUGAUUUUUUUAUAUAAAAAUGUAUUUUUUUCCACUUCUGCCUUGUAAGCUUUACGUUUUGAAAAAUUCAAAGAAGUGCGAAAUGCAUUUCGAUAGCUAACACUUCAAAUAGCUGUGAAUCGAAGAAAAUAAAACACGAUUCGAGAAAAUAGGGAAAUUAUCAAUAUAGGUACAAAAAAUCUGCCAUGAUUUUCUUUUCCCGACUUUUUUCUUCCAAUUACCACUCAAAGUUCUCAGAAAAUUUUCAUAAAUUUUUGUCAGAAAAGUAUACAGAAAAUUUCAAAUGGAUCUCACGGAUUUUGACAGUUUCAAAAAUCUUUUACAAAAGUUCGAGUAUCUUCCUAUCAUAUUCUGAAGGACUAUUGAAAUUCAGUCAAGUUUAUUAUCGAUUGUAUGAAUAUUUUAAAAAAUUCUCCGAUGUGGAUUUUCUUUCGCCGACAUUUUCCUUGAACUUGAAGCUGAAUAGAUUUUUCUUAUGAAUUCCUGUGAGAAGCUUUUCCUUCAUUUCGAAGUGCUUGUGAGAAUAUUCUCCGCAAGACACAUCUACAUAAUCCGUUUGAAAACAAAGGCCCAUACGAUACCGCUGAGUCUAAUCCGUUUUGCAAAAGUGUGAGGCCGAGAAAUGAAGUACAGACGGCGGAGGAUUUUUCCAACUACUCAUGGUCAUUUUGCAGUUGAUUUUCGAAUUUUUUUCGAACGGGAAAUUUGAUUUCAAUUAAUUCAACAAUCAUGUUAUAUGCAAAAAAUGAUCCGAUGUCCUGAAAAAAGAGAAAGAAUUUUUUUUUACUCAUAAGACCUUUCUGUUUCUAUUUCAGCGGGAGAUAUGCUGGGAGUCUUCCAAUUUUAACAGAAUUUCGAAAGCUGAAGAAAUCAUUCUUUUUUGUUGAGGUUAUUUUCUGACGUCUUUUUUUGCGGAUUGGUAUUAAAACGGGAGAUAAAUGUAAAACGUGGCACAUAAACUUGUCCGCUUGAAUCAGUGCAUUUUUUAUUGGGAGAAAAAAGGGAAGAAAAAAAAAGAAGAGAUGAUGAGAUCGGGAGCACGUCAACACUGGCGCCGAUAUCGAUCUCAUGGCCGGCGGCGCUUUUUCUUCCUUUUCCAUCAUUGGGCAGGCGGCUGCACGUGUACUUGCACCCAUCCGUGGCUCAUUCUCUUCUUCUUUCGCCUAAUACGCCCCGCUCGAGCCUCAUCUGAUUACUUCUUGCUUGCUCCUUGCUUUUUCUUUCUUUUUUUCUCCCAUGUUGCCGCUUCUCGAGCCAUUUCCCGCUCAGAAAUGAGGUUACCGCCUCGAUUUUAUCGGUAUUUUUUUCGGCUGUUUUUUAAGAGCAUUGAAGUUCGAGACGAAUUUUUUUAAAAUUAAAUCAACAAACAAAGCAAUCAGUUUCCUGAGAAGGCAAUUAAAAUUGUUCUUUGAGAUUUAAUAGAUCUGAAGGGUCGUAAGUAUUCAAAUCCUUUAUUCGAUAUAUUUAUUUGUUUUUGUGAAAGUUUUUACAUUUGUAUAAGCUUUUUACCUUUUUUUGCGUGGUAAGUUUUUUAUGGUUUGACGCCUCCAUAGCGAAUUUUUUUUCACAAUUUUUUUCAAUUUCAUUCUUCAUUUAUUUCUAACUCAAUUCAAAAGAACUUAAAUGGAAAUUAACCGAAGUAAUUCACAAACUUCAACUUGUGUUAAAAAGCCUUUUCUGUAAGUUCUCAACGAAUAUAAAUGAUAGUUGUUUAUUUACUCUAAAAAGGAUGUUCUAUCUAUCCCCCUUGAAAUGAUUGUUUUUCUUCUCAGUCGAGAUUCACACCAUUUAUUCGUAAUUGGAACUGGGUAGACACUGAAUAAUUUCGCAGAAGAUUCUCGCAAUUUGCUUGUUUUUUUUUACUCUGUUUCUUCAUUUCCUCUCAUCUCCUUUCAUUGAUUUUUUUUUUCUUUCAGAAUCGAAGAAGCUUCGGAGCUUCACGAGUUGAGCAGCACUCAGGCGUCGGCGGAGCAUCCUCAGCAGCAACCGAACUGGCAGAUUUUUGAGGACCAAAGGUAAAUCUCAAAGGAGAUUCGUGUUUUUUGCGCGUUUGCGUGUCUUGUGAUAAGUCUCGGAGGACUUUCUGGCGGUUGCCAUGGGGAGAAACGUUCGUUGGCAGAGUCAACAAGUCAGUUUAUCGGUCGUCUUCUGUUCUUCUUUCCCUUCUUCGAAAUGGAAUCUGAUAACGAUAAAUAAUAAUUUUCGUUUGAAUUUUUUUUUUUCAAAGGAAGUUGAUACUACAAAAUGAUUCUCUUUUCUUCUGUUUCAUUUUUUUUUUUUUUGAAAGCUGUUUGUUGCAGGAAGCAGAUCCAAGACGCUCUCAACGCCCAGACGUUCCAUCAGUUUUCGGCCUACGCGCAGCAACAGUUUCCCGGUCAACCAGAACAGGUUUUUCCCUAUUUCUUGCAUUUUCACUCCAAGUUUGAAAAUCUUUAUUAUCACCCGCAAAUUUGAAACUUAAAACACAUAGAGGCGAAUUUAACGGUUUCACAGAUCAUUUGCACGCACUAA